AUGGACCCAGCGAGUGCUGCAGGCCUUGCAAUUGGAGUGGCAUCAUUAGCCUUUGAAGUUUUUGAUCGUUCGAUCAAACUUUUCAAAUUCUUGUCUUCUGUGGUGGAGAUGCCUCAAGAGUUUGAGCGAUGCCGUCUCCAAAUGAUGAUCGAAUAUAACCGCUUGUUGGCCUGGGGCGACGCCGUUGGCUUAGUGGAUGUCCCUGAUGGCGAGCAUGUGGCUUUGUCCCUGGGUACAAACGCGGUCGAACUAUGCAUGAUCCUUUCCCGAAUCGGUUGGCUUCUGGAAGAAUUUAAAGACAUCAACGGUCGUUGGGAAAACGAAGCUCCGCAGGCUCACGCCAGCGGACACAUGUGGAAAGAAGACAGAGCUCGGGAGGUGAACGUAAGGGAGCAAGUUUCUAGCUUGGCAGUUAGAUACCAGAAGAACAGGGAGGGGCGAAAGCAUGCCCAGAAUAGGCAUAAUUUCGCCCGAUGGCUAUCGAAAACAGCCCAGGGUACGAAGGAGGUAGUUGCGCACCCUCUUCGCAUUCGCUGGAUGGCUGUUGAUAGAGGGGCUUUUGAAGCGUUGCUAGAAGAUCUACACCGGUUGAUGGAGCGCCUCCACGAGUUAAUGGACGACUAUCGCGCCAAAAAGUUCGACGAAACGGCAGCUAAGACGUUCCGUGAGAUAGUAGUCAUCAGCAACACACUCAGCGAGCUCAGAAACAUGCUCGAUGCCGUGACAGACAUGGUUGAGACCUCGGCAAGAACAGCAGGACCGAGCCCGAUGCGCCAUGACAGCAGCAACGAAACGCUACAAGACCUCUUACGUCUGAAGACGAUCAAGUGCGUUUCGGACUCCAUGUUACUGACCACCAACGAUGAGUCCGAGCGGACCGUGGACGCAUUCCUAGCAGAUGUGGUAACUGUACCACGUUAUGACGGAGCUCAGUUCAACGAGCAUUUCACCCACAUUCUUACGGAAAAUGCGAAGGAAAGGUCCAGGCCGUACAGGCCGAGAGGAGUUUUCAAACAGGAGGGUAAUGACCAACAAGUUUGGGUCGAAUGGAGAGCCGCGACAAAUGCCCACUAUCGAUCCUGUGUAGACCAGGAAUCUAUUGUGCGGACCGCCACAUUGGCACAGAUGCUUUCUGUCAAUAAGCCUCGAUACCUCUUCUCACCAACUUGUAUUGGAUACGUAGACGCCCGCCGCAGACAAAACCAGUUUGGCUGGAUCUUCCGCAUGCCAGAAGGCUCAGAAAGAGGGACAACACUCGAGACGCUGCACAUGCUGCUUGGUCAAGCUCAACGCAAGCCCCCAUUAUCACAGCGAAUCUCCUUGGCAUGGAAGCUUGCGUCUGCGGUACUAUAUCUGCACACGGUGGACUGGUUGCACAAGGGCAUACACAGUGCAAACAUCAUUUUUCCUGAUGGUGUAAAUGGCCUCGAUGUAGAAAGCCCGAUCCUGUCAGGUUUCGAAUAUGCCAGGCCCGAAAGCAAUGAGACGACGUCCCGUGGUCUGGAUCCACUUUGGGACAUCUAUCGGUGGCCAAGCAUUCAGAACGAAACACCCAGAGAAGGGAGAUUCCGGAAGACAUAUGAUAUCUACAGCCUUGGCCUCGUCUUCCUCGAAAUCGCCUACUGGCAGCCUCUGUACACAUUGGUGAAUCUCAAGUGUUGGCCGGCCCCGCCCGCUGAGGCUGUUCGAAUCCGAGGUUGGCUCUUGGAGGAAGAAGAAUUUCCCCCUUUUGACUCCAACCCGCUCCGAGGACUGCGCAGUAUGAUCGGAGAUAAGUAUUGGAGAGCAACAUGUCGAUGUCUCUCCGCUCAUGGGGCAUCCGGGAUGUCCAUCCAAGAAAACGCGGAUCAGACAGAAGGCUCUCAGACCGGUAUUGAGCUUCAGGUUGCAUUCACGGAGCUCGUGGUGGAUGAAUUGAGAGGCGUGUUGAUCUGA